AUGUCUCAUCUCCACUCUGAAGAUACCAGGUACCUCCCUGGACCGCCUUCCAGGCCGUUUUCCGCGAGAGACGACAGGGAUGGUCGUAUGUACGACGACAACUCUCCAUCCCGUUCGCGCUCGCCUGGCGACCCAUCGCGGACACCUCCACGAGGACCAGCAGCCGAUAGACGGCACGAAUACCCACGAGACCACUCCGGCUCCGGAUCGCGAUACCUCAGCCGAGAUCGUGAUGACUUUCGACGACGACCCUCACGCUCUCCACCGCGACGAUCAAGGGGUGGGUACAGGGACCGUGAUCGCGAGGGAUACAAAUCACGCAGUCGAAGCAGGAGCUACAGCCGGAGCCGGAGUCCGCGGCGCGACCGACCGCAUUACGGACAGGAAAGUAGAGAGGUUAUGAUGGACGGGUUACCGGUGGAUAUGACGGAAGAAGACAUUUCGAAAGAGUUGAAAGACUUUUACAAUAUCGAAGGCUUGGAGGAGGUGCGCGUUAUUCGCGAUAGACAAACGAAGCUGUCUCGUCAGCUAGGAUUUCUCCGAUUCAAAACCCUCGGCUCCUCACGCUCCUUUGUCGAACGGAAUUUCCCAUCGAUAUAUCUUUGUGGUCCGAACGCGCAGGACGAUCGGGGUUCCAAGGUCCGCAUUGCGUACAGUCGCGAGAGGGAGGAUCGAGCCCGAGCGAGAGCUGAAGCUGAUUGGACCUGUCAACUGUGUUCGAUUGUGAAUUAUUCAACUCGUCAAAAAUGCUUCCGGUGCCAGGCUCCGCGACCAGAUGCCGGCCCGACUGGCCCUCCAGGUAUAGCGGCACCGCGAGUGUUUAACAACGGCGAUAACGAUGCUGCCCCCGAAAAUCAACCCUCUCAGUUUCUAUUAUUUAGAGGACUAGAAACGUCUGUGAAUGAAGAGCUCUUAGCCAAGGGAGUUGCCAAGCUCUACCGGCCAAGCAACUCAGAUAGCGGAUCAGGAACGCAAAAGAAGGGAGCAAAAGUGGCAUCUACUACCGGCGACUCAAACCUUGGGGCCCGUGACGGGUCAAUACGGCGUAUCCUGCUGGUUCGGGACCGCAGAAGCAACGAGAGCUGGCGAUAUGGCUUUGCUGAGUUUGCUACGAUCCAGGAUGCCCAAGCAGCUAUUGUGCGACUCCACUCUUUCGAGAAAUUCACAAUCUCGUCGAAACCAGUCAUGGUCAGCUAUAUCCACGCGGGCGUUUUUGUGCCCGUUAUGAACCCAAACGCCAGCACAGAGAAGUUUACAUUUAGUCCUCUGAAUAACCCAGCGCUAAAGCUCAUGUACUGGGACGAAGACGCUUAUGUGAAUGAACUCAUGGUCUCUUCAGAAUCAGAAACCCAGCAGGCGCCGAAGACUGAGAGACCAACGGGCCAAACGGACUCAAAAGCUAAAGAUGCUACUGACAAGGCGAAGAAACGAAAAGCUGACGCUGCAUCCGCCGCAUCAGGGGCGAAGAAGAUGGCUAUGCCAUCACAUCUUCAAUUCUGGAGCAACCGACAUGCGGAAUUACACGGGAUCCAAAAGAAAGAGCCCGAUGAUAAAGCUCCUGCAGAUUUGAGCUCCACGUUGGAUACAGCUGCGGCUCCGCCCCGACAAUCGUUUGCCGAUCCGAACCGGAACUGCUGCUAUCUUUGUAUGAGACAGUUCAAGGCGAUGGCGGAAGUCAAUCGACAUGAACGGCUCAGCCAGUUACAUCGCAGUAACUUGCAAAAGGACGAGCUCGUCGCACGAGGGAUGAACAAGCUUAUAAAGCAUGGCAUCAUACCAGCACCACCAGAAUACAGAGAUCGAGCGCGAGAGCGCCGACAGGCAUUCGGUCGCGGGAGAGCCACAGCGAAUAAGCCAGCGCCAGCGCCAGCACCAGAGCGUGAGCCCUCACCAUCAGCGGAAACCACAUCCAAGGGCGCGUCACUGCUUAGCAAGAUGGGCUGGUUCGCGGGUACCGGUCUCGGUGCGCAGGGUACAGGCAUGACCGCACCCAUCUCGACAGAAGUUUACGCGCAAGGCGUUGGAUUAGGAGCGCAAGGCGGCAAACUCGGGGACGCGAGCGAAGAAGCCGCCCGAAACACACGCGGUCGAUACGACGAGUUCCUCGAAAAGACGAGGCAAACCGCUCGGCAACGGUACGAGCAGAUGGACAGGGCCAAAGAAAGAUAG